CGCUUCCUCUUCCCUUCUUCCUAUUUUUUCAUCAUUUUCCCCAUAAUUUAUGAAUAUAUAGGCUGCUAUACUUCUGUUUUUACUGUUUUACGGCUUCUAUAGUGGAUUGCUUUUGAUGGGUUAGUGAAGAUUUAAUUAAAUAUAGUAAUUAGGGGGGUAAUCACUGGAUUUGAUAUUGUGGGUUUUGAAGAUUACUGUGAAUUUAGUUGAAGGAUUCUGCAACGAUGGGAAAUGAUUAUUUCAUUUGGUACAGCUAGUGAUAAAAUUUGGACCCUUUAGUUUAAGGCCAGUUUGGAAAUGCUUCUCAUGAAAGCACUUCUGGCAAAUGUUACUAGAAGCGCCUUUAGUUGGUUAUCUAAACGCAGUUCCAAACAGAUUCUUAGGCGCUUGUUUAGGAAUGCUUCUGUAGGAAGCCUGCUUAUAAGCGCUUAUGCUAGAAGACCGUGUAUUAUAAAUAUGUUGAGUUUCUUCAAAAAGAGAUUAUGGGUAAAAGUGCUUUUAUGUUUUUCAGCCAAACGCAGUUAGAAGCGCUUUCAGAAGCAGUCCCAAUAUGGCUUAAUAUUGACUGUUAUUUGAACUUACAGGGGGUGCUCAAUUCUUGCAUUACAGUGCAACCUUACGUAGCUUAGAGUUAUUAGAGUUUCAAGUAGAGGUGUAGACAGGGAAGAAUGGCGGCCAAGUCAAUCAUGGUGCGUCCAUACGUGUUAUCAGCCUCCUGCGCCCUUACACGAGCUCUGCCAUCCUUAUUUUCUCAACCAAGGAAAACACUGUUGGUAUUUAAGAGCCAGAGCAUCAGAUUGUUGCACCAUAGAGCAAUUGGCAGUGAAAACAGGAGCAAUAUGAGAUUGGAAUACGGUGGUGUGAGGAGAUUCAGUCCUCAAGCUUCAAGCGUCGGAAAUGCAGGAUCCAUUGACUCCCCACUAAUAGAAUCCAUGAAGAAAAAGAUCAAGGAGGAGCUAAAUGCGGAAUCCGUUAGUGUAGAAGAUAUGAACGGGGAUGGCCGGCAUGUGGUCAUUGAUGUCGUCUCCUCAUCAUUUGAGGGACAGUCGGCUGUCAAUAGGCAGAGGAUGGUGUACAAAGCCAUAUGGGAGGAGCUUCAGAACACAGUUCAUGCAGUUGAUCAGAUGACUACCAAAACCCCGGAUGAAGUUUCUGGUAAGAAGUGAUGAUAGCGUUUAUUGGCGGAAUUUAAUUGUUGCAUUUGUUAGCAAGUGAUGGAUUGCCUUUGUGGAUAAGGCUUUUAUCUUAAAUCAACUGCGUCCGGAGUUCAAAUCAUCCCUUCCCCUUAGUCUAUUGCAAAACAAUUGUUGGAUUUGUUACAACAAUUAAAUUAGGCGACAAAGCCAAAUAUUAUUGUCAA